AAACCCUCUGAUUUUAUUUGAAGGCUGGAAGGAAUUUUCCUAAAGAUACAUCAUUUGACUUCAUAAGAGGCCUGUUAGGAGUCCAUCCAGAUUCCAAGAAACCUGAGAACCGACUAGAGAAAAAAAUGCACCUGCUCGGAACAGAACAGCUUCCGGAAAACUUUGAUUCUCGGCUGCAGUGGCCCCAUUGUCCCACCAUCCGGGAGAUCCGGGAUCAGGGUUCCUGUGGAUCUUGUUGGGCAUUUGGGGCCGUAGAGUCAAUGUCGGAUCGACAGUGCAUCCAUAACACCAGUACAGGGGCUGUUCACUACUCUGCGGAAGACCUGGUGUCAUGUUGUCACACUUGUGGGUUCGGCUGUAAUGGUGGCUUCCCUGGGGCAGCCUGGCGCUACUGGGUACACAGUGGCAUUGUCAGCGGAGGCAACUAUGGAUCGAACCAGGUGAAUAUUGUCUUCUAUUAUACAACACAAUUUAUAUCUUACUGAUGCUAUGUCGGUCUG